UGAUUUUGUAGAAUGCGAAACUAAAUUCUAACGGUUAGGCGCAUAAAUUCAAAUGAUCGGAUUUUGCCAUUUCAGGCGAAGAACUUUUUGAUUUGAAAAAAAUAAAGUGAGAAGGAAAGAAAUCCAAGAAUGUGGCGCCAGAGCUCUUCUCAUAAAUCGGCAGCUCCUGCCCGUGUUUCCAAGACUUCACUGAGUAAACCAUCUGCAUCAAGGUUGUCAUCUAUGGACCGCUUGUCUUCUGGAACCAACAGUGCUCGCUUUUCCUUACUGGAUCGUAUGUCCUUCGGUAAAUUUUCUCUUGGCGGCAAAAGAAUGUCACAUGGCAUCGAGCGUGGAAGAAUGGAACUUCGAGACCCCAGACCUAUAACCACGAAAGCCUACCAGCAACGAUGUGUGAAGUCUCUUCUGGAGUUCCUUGAAUCUUACGGCUAUCCACACAGUAUCACAGCAAAGAAGUUAAUGUCUCCAACAACAAAAGACUUUCUGAAUGUUUUUGAGUUUAUUGUGAAACACAUCGAAUUCAAAUAUAAGCUUCCAGAGAAAUUUGAUGAAGAAAUCCCCCGCUACCUCCGUUCUCUUGGCUAUCCUUUCCCCAUCAACAAGAGCUCGAUGUUUACAAUUGGCAGCCCUCACACCUGGCCGACCCUUUUAUCUGCCCUCGUCUGGUUAACCGAACUUAUCAAGACUGGUUUACUGUUGAAUGAAGAAACCGAUAGCAUCCUCUUCCAACAAGAAGAUUUUGAUAACUCGUCUGAUUCUAUGCUGAUAUUUAAACACCUUGUUGAGUCCUACGAUCUUUUUCUGAAAGGAUCGGAUUUUGAUGCCCUGGACCAGAUGCUCCAUGAUACCUUCAAAAACAGACAGUUUACAAAUGAAAGUCAACUUCAGAAACUGGCACAGGAGAACGAAAAUUUGAUCAAGAUGCUACAGGAAUGUGAAUGUAUUGAGGAUGAUGUGGAAGAAAUGCGAGUAAGUAAGGCCAUGCAAGAACAGGACCUCACUCGUCUGACGAAUUAUCUGACUGAACUGCAGAGCUUUAAAGAGAAACUGGACAAAACUGUGGAAGAGGAAAUGAAAGAAUUCGAAUUACUUGAGAGCGAACGUGAAUCCCUGAAGGAACAGGUAAACUCCCUGCAGGUGAUAUUUGAUAACCAAGAGUACAGCCCUGUGGAUGUGGAGCGGAUGAAGAAGGAGGAAGAACAGCUGCAGAGUCAGAUGGAAACGUUGGAGAAGGAAGAUGCUGAAUUAAGCCAAGAAAUCUGGAACAAAGAACUUGAUAUUGGUAAAAUUCAAGAAAAGUUAAACGAGAAAUCUAAGCAAUACAACAGACUGGCCCAAAAUUUGCAGCUGAUACCAACAACUGCAGAAAAUGCUGGUGGCUUAGAUUUUGAAAUGAAACCAGGCCGUCUCUUUGACAGCACCCAGGAACAAUUCAAAAAUCAUAAGAUGCAUAUAUGGGCAGUGAAGGAAAAGAUCACUGAAGCACUGCACUCCUGCAACACCGAGAAGGGACGUCACAUGGAUAUAAACGAACGGGAGAAUGACCAGUGCAGUGAGAAAGAGGCCCAUAUUGUCCGGCUGAAGAACAACCUGGAACGACUGAAGAAAGACUACAAAUGUGACAAGCAAUUACAUGAACAAUGUAUCGAAACCAAGCAGGAGCUGUACGACAAAGGUUAUGAGGAAAUGAACGAGAACAAGAAAGCCUUAGAAAUUUGCACAUUGGAGUUGGACCUACUUCGUGAGGAUUUGGAGAAAAUUAAGGAGCAAUCAGCCCAAGAAAUGGCAGAAUUUAAUAAAAAAGAGAAAGAUAGUUUGGAAUUCCUGCAGAAGGUCACUAAUCGAGUGGCUGAGCAUAAAUCCAGAAUUAAGAAUAACCUGGAAACGGUCAGUUCCGAGAUAAAAGGCUACAAAGAAAGAGCACUGGAAACCGUCUAUACCGCCCAGCAUUCUUGAGUGUUAAAUAUACAUGCAUAUAUACAUAUAUACACAAAUACACACACACACACAUAUAUAUAUAUGCUCACACAUUCUAAUGUGGUUCAUUAUAUUGCUUUGUUAAAACUUUCCAAGAUCUUACAGAAUUGGUGAAUGCAUGUAUGACUGUUAAGGUUUUCUAACCUGGCCCCAGUCAACCCUGCUUGUAUAGCUCUAUGCCCUUCCGCACAAACACACUCACUCACACACGUCAGGGACUAACUGAAUUAUCCUUCUUGUGUUUUUAAGAUGGGAAUCUGACUUCAUUUUUGGCAGAUUGAAUGAACACAUCAUUGUGUCAUUAUUUUUUCUAUUAAACUGACACAUCUAAUUCACAGAGUAAUGUUUGAUGUGCAUGUAUGUGUAUAUGCAUGUAUGUAUAGGUAUAUAAACACACACAAAUUGAUGUGUAUUGCUUGUAUUCUGUGUGUAUUUUACACACUUUCUGUGUGUGUGUGUACAUAUGAAGCAAUUAUUGUAUGUGUAACUUGCUUGGUCUGUAUUGUGAUAUUUGAUUGAAUAUAUGUGUGUUUAUGUGACUAUAUGUGUGUUUAUAUGAAUGUGUGUUUCUGUGAAUGUGUAUAUAAACAUUCUAGGGCUGACAAGUUCACAAGAAAUUAUGUCCAACCACUCAAAAUAUCGGUCACUAAGACGAGUGUGAAACUGAAUAAAAUAUUUAAUCCAUAAUCAUUAGUACACAAGGAUAUAUUUUAUCAGACUAACAAUUAUAGGAUUAAGUAUUUGAAAUAUAUAUAUUGGGUCAUCCCAUAAAUAAUGCGGUUUUUUAAGACUUCUUUUAUUUUUCAAAAUUAAAAUAAAGUUCUUUUUUAAUCUAAAAUAUAUUUUACUUUUUUUUUUUUUUUUUACAAUGCUCUUCCCUCUGUCUGGUAAACUUGCAAGGACCAUCUUCCAAAAUUCACUUGUCCGUGACAGAAAAUACUCCUCCAGUACUGUUCUGACCUCAUCUACAGAAUUCAUAUAUUUUCCAUCAAAAUUAUUUUGUAAACUGUAAAAUAAAUGA